GGUGCCUUGCCUACGUUGCGCAACACGCGGCCGGCCCGCGCCGUCCACUUGUCCCGUCGAAUCAGUGGUGACGGAAGACGUGAGGAGCAAGCUUCAUCGGACACUAGCUGCGAAGAUAUGAAGCGGACAGACUCCGUGUCCUCCGAGAUCGACGGAUGUGAUGAGAAGGAGAGAAAGUCCUCCGCUAUCGGCUCCAAAUCGAGCUACCGCGAGAAGGCUCUGCUAAAGCGAGGCAGAAAGCGCCGUGAGAUUGUCCGCCACGCUGAAUCUUACGCUAGAAGGCAGAAGUUCGCCCUCAAGCUCGCCAAGGCUCUGCUUACCUUCGGGGCACCUUCUCACCGGAUAGAAUCUCAGCUGGAUGCUGCCUCCGCCAUCCUCAAGCUGGAUGCGCGUUACGUCCACUUUCCCAACCUCAUCAUCGUGACGUUCCUAGACUCGGACACGCGCACAUCCGAGGUCCACUUUGUCAGGGCUAGCGGCCGAGUCGCCCUCACCUCGUUGCACAAGGUCCACCUGGUUUAUCGACAGGUCCUUCACGAUAAGUUCAGCGUGACAGAAGGCACGGACGCUCUAAAUGAGAUCCUCCGCGCGAAGCCGCUGUACCCCAUUUACCUCCGCUGUAUGCUUGCAUUCAUCUGCGCUUCGGUCAUUUGUGUCCUGGCCUUCGGUGGAUCUAUCCUGGAUAUGUUCAUCAGCGGCGCGAGUGCCUCCGUUCUGCAGUAUCUCGGGCUCAGAGCGGCGUCGAAGAGUACGAUAUAUGCGAAUGUCUAUGAAAUCUCGGUGUCCAUCAUCGUAUCGUUUAUAGCUCGUGUUCUGGCCUCAAUUCCUGGCAAUAUCUUCUGUUACACUUCCAUCUCGUCCGCUGGUGUCGUCUUGAUCCUUCCUGGUUUCACCGUCUUGAUCAGUGCCCUCGAGCUGACUGCCAGGAACAUCAUGUGCGGCUCGGUCAGAAUGGUCUAUGCCAUUAUUUAUACACUGUUUCUAGGCUUCGGGUUGACUAUCGGCUCGGAGUUCUACUUGAUGGUCAAUCCCGAAGCUCGGCACGUCCUCGCCGCGACGAACAAACUCGAAUCUCACGUCUACCACGGUUAUAUCCUCGCCAACAAUGCAUCUAUACCGCUGGAGGACCUGGGUGGGACAUACUCCUUCACCGAUGCCACCCUGGCUGCCACUCGUGUGAUCAAGGGCUGUUAUCGCGACCCACAAUGGCCAUGGUGGAGACAGCCGUUCCCUUGGUGGACCGCACUGUUCCUUGUGCCGCUCUACUCCAUCUGCUCGUCCUUCGCCAACCUGCAGUCCCUUCGCAGCGUGCAACUGCCCGUCAUGGUGGCCAUCUCCUGCGCAGCCUAUGCCGCCAACCGAGGAGCCAACCUCCUGGUGUCAAACAGACCGGAUAUCAUCUCGGCGUUGGGAUCUAUUGUCAUCGGCCUCUGCGGGAAUGUGUACGCCCGGUUGGUCGGCGGUACGGCCUUCACGUCCAUGGUCACCGGCGUGCUGUUUUUGGUUCCGUCGGCGAUUGGUAAUGGAGGAGGCCUGAUCCAGAAUUACAACACUUCAUCCGCACAGUAUUCGAACUACUUCGAUCUGGGCGUCCGUAUGGUCGAGGUUGCUCUCGGAGUGACACUCGGUCUCAUCGUUGCCCAAAUGAUAGUAUAUUCCUUGGGUCGGAAGAAAAACGCCGGGCACUUCGGAUUCUAA